AUGGUGAAGCGUGGUAGCGAAGAAGCUGGAAGAUGCUGUCGUGGUGUUCCUGGGCCUGGAAGUAACGUUGGAGAAGCUGGUGAACGUCGUCGCGGUGUUCGCGUGUGCCAUCAAGUGGUGAUGAAGCAGGUCGGCUUGAUGGAGGAGCUGGUGGAUGCCGGCGGGCGAUGGAGCUGUGGUCGCAUUUGUGAUGAUUUAGGGCCUGAAAGUGGCGUUGGAGAGAAUUUGUUGCGGUGUUCGUGCGUCUACAAGUUGUGGUGA